CCAUCCGACAGCACGCCGCCGCCGCCGCCGCCACCGCGCGCGGCUCUCCUCCUCUCCCUGACUCCGCUGCGUGGGGGAAGGGGUUGCGGCGUCCUGCUGCGUGCCGCGUGCCCCCGGCCUUCCUCCCCACCCAGCCGGAAAUGGACCGGACGCCGGGGAAGAGCAGCCCCUCCAAACGGCGGCGCGACGCCAGGGCGCCCGAGGCGGCGGCGGAGGUGAUCGAACGGGAGGCGCCCGUCGCUUCUGCUCCAGUGGAGGGGACACCAAAGGGGAAGAAAUCCAAGUCAAAGAAAGGAAAGAAGCAUAAGCAGCAGGAAUCCCCUUCUUCUGUAUCCGAUGCCAGUGCUAUUGUGACACAUAAAGAUUUGGCCAAUGAAUCUGGAAAUGGUUACACAAGUGGGGAAGGUGCUACCACAUCCACGGCGCCUGUGCUGGAGGCGCAGAAGGAGGUGGAUGAGCAGGAGGCUCCCAACAUUUCUGCUUCAGUGGAGGUGCAAGCGCAAAAGGGGAAGAAAUUAAAGGACAAGAAACGAAAGAAGCAUAAGCAGCAGGAAUCCUCUUCUGCUGUUAUGGCUGCUACAGAUUUGUUCAGUGAAUCUGGAAUUGGUUGUACGAGUGGGGAAGGUACCACCACCUCCAUGGCACCAGUGCAGGAGGCAGACGAGCAGCUGGCUCCCACUGUUUCUGCCUCAGUGGAGGCACAAGCGCAAAAGGGGAAGAAAUCAAAGGAGAAGAAACGGAAGAGGCAUAAGCAGCAGGAAUCUCAUUCUGAUGUAUCUGAUGUUAGUGCUAUUGUGACGGAUACAGAUUUGGUCAUUGAAUCUGGAAAUCGUUCCACAAGUGGGGAAGGUGCAUUACGAGAUGCUGAUGUUGUUCCGAGCCCCAGAAGUGAGCAUGAUCCAACGCCAGAAAUGGAUCGAAUGCCAGGGAAGAGCAAGGCCUCAAAACGACGGUGUGGCGCCACCACAUCCAUGCCUGUGGCGCUGGAGGCGGAGAAAGAGGUGGAUGAACAGGAGACUACCGUCACUUCUACUGCAGUGGAGAGGACACCAGAUGGUAAGAAAUCGAAGUCUAAGAAACACAAGAAGUAUAAGCAACAGCAAUCCCCUUCUGUGUCUGAUGCCAGUGCUGUUGUGAUGGACACAGAUUUGGCCAAUGAAUCUGGAGAUGGUUGCAGGAGUGGGGAAGCUGCAUUACAAGAUGUUGAUGUUGUCAGUUCCAGAAAUGGGCAAGAUCCAAAAUGUCCUGAGGUUAACAGUUCUGAGGAUUCAGUGGCAGGAAAGAAAGGGGAUACAGAUGAUAACUCCCAGCUCUGCAGCUCAUUGCACGAGAGUUAUGUAGAAAGAAGAAGGCGAAAGAAUAGAGAAAGGAAGAGGAGAAAGAAGGAAAAUGCCAAUAGGAGCAAUGUGCAGAAUCCUUCUUCACAACCUAGUGCCACUGAGGUUGGUUUGGUGACUACAGCUGAUGAGGAUAAUACUCCUGGCUCAAAAUGCAAGAAUCCUUCUUUGCUACCUGGUGCUGGUGAGGUUGGCUUGGUGAUGACAGCUGAUGGGAAUAAUACUCCAGGCUCUGAAUGCAAGAAAUCAAACAAGAAGAGGAAGAGAAAUCAAACAAUUGUUAGUGAGGCACCCUUGGUACAAAGGAUGGGUUUGGGUGAGACUGCUUCAGUUGGAAUGAUGGAUGAAGUUCAACCUAUCUUAUCUGAUAGCCGACAUGCAAGGAGUGAUAGGUCAGAUGUUUUGUCGAAUUUAGGUCAGAUGCACAAAGAGAAAUAUCGGGACAUCUACUCACCAAGAGGGUCGCUGAUAAGAUUUCAAAGGAAAAAACUUCUUAUUCUGGAUAUUAAUGGUUUGCUUGCGGAUAUCAAUCAGGACCACCACAAUGCCCACAUGUCAGAUGCAAAGGUUCGAGGAAAAUUAGUCUUCAGAAGACCGUACUGCAAUGAUUUUCUGAAAUUUUGCUUCCAGAAAUUUGAGUUAGGGAUAUGGUCGUCGAGAUUGAAAGCAAAUGUGGAUGCGGUUAUAAAUAUCAUUAUGGAGGAGGAUAUGAAAGAAUCCCUGUUAUUCUGUUGGGACUUGUCAAAAUGCACAGGCACUAAGUUUAAAACUCUUGAAAACAAAGAUAAACCAUUAGUAUUGAAGGAGCUAAAGAAACUGUGGAAUAAAGAGGAUCCUGAUCUUCCAUGGGAGCAAGGAGAGUUUUCACCUUCAAAUACAUUACUUGUAGAUGAUUCCCCUUACAAGGCUCUGGGCAAUCCGUCACACACUGCCAUUUUUCCUCAUCCGUACCGCUAUCUUGACAAGAAAGAUAAUUCAUUGGCACCUGGUGGAGAUCUUCGGGUGUAUCUGGAGAACCUUGCUGCUGCUGCUGAUGUUCAGUCCUACGUUCGGGAGCACCCAUUUGGUCAACCUUCCAUUACAAAGAGUCAUCAACAUUGGGGUUUCUAUGUGAAAGUACUUGAAAGUCUGGAGAAGCCCAUUGCCUGAUGGCCCCCCUUUCCUGUGUUCAGUUUGCUAAUGCAUUGAAGCCAUCGAGUGUUUGCAUGGGCAUGAAGUUUUGAUCCCUUUGGGUUCUGUCUGCUCACUUGACACAGCUACCUGUAGACGACUUUUGUACUAGUUGUGUAGAGCCUUAGACAAGGGUGCAAUUGCCCAGUUUUGAUAGUCCUAUGUUGUUUUGGCCCCUAUACCUGUUGACCUGUACUUCAGCCACACAUACACUGAUUCAAUCAUUCCCCUGCAUCUAGGAUAUCAGGGUUGCAAUUGUAAGCUCCCAUUGAGAGAUUUUGGUGAACUAUUUUGUGACUUGUAAGGAUAUUGCAAUUUUGCAAGCUGUAACCUUUCUCCCUCGCACAAAGUGCCGUAAUCGUGUAACUAUCAUUGAGCUCUCAUGUAACUCCAAUUCUGGCCAGGAACAGGACAAAUAUUGUCAUUGCGAAUGUGAUUGGUUUGUCCAAAGAAAUUGUACGUUGCUCUGAAUUCUGAAACGUCCAAUUCUGGGAGGCCUUUUCAGCAAUAUAUUGAGAGUGACCUUUUG